AGAUUGUCUCCGCCCACUUUAACCUCACGUUUUCAAAACGUCGGCGUUGUUCCCUUUCUCUCGCUCUCUCUCUCUCUCUCUGUGGAAGGCACAAUGGACUACGAAAUGACGGUGCUAUUGGCGGCUCAACAGCAGCAGCAACAGCAGCUAUUGGAGCAGGCCGAACAGGCGCAGUCCCACAGCGAAGCAAUGGAGGAAGCGAUGGGGGACGUCCUGAACGGCAAGCAAAAGAACACGCUUCCGGUGUACGGGAACAAGGAGACGAUGAACAUCAAUCCCAUGAUCCUCAGCAACAUCCAGGGCUCCGCCUACUUCAAGGAGGAGCUGUACAAAAUGAAGACGUUUCAUGAAGUCAUUGACGAGAUUUUUUACAAGGUUGAACACUUGGAGCCCUGGGAGAAGGGAAGCCGGAAGCUGGCAGGACAAGUGGGGAUGUGUGGCGGGGUACGUGGAGUGGCUGCGGGGGGUAUAGUGUCCUCUGCCUACUGCCUCCUGUUCAAACUCUUCACUCUGAAGCUAACUCGCCGACAGGUGCAGGCAAUGUUGGACCACGUUGACUCUCCCUUCAUCAGAGGCCUUGGAUUCAUGUACAUCAGGUAUUGUCAGCCUCCGCUGGACCUGUGGGACUGGUUUGAACCCUACCUGGACGACCCUGAGGAAAUUGAUCUGAAGGCUGGUGGAGGGUUCAAGACGACUGUCGGUGCCAUGUGUCGCAUGAUGCUCAUAAAACUGGACUGGUUCGGAACAAUGUUGCCCAGAAUAUCAGUAUCUGUUAGCAAGACUCUUCAACAGAAACUUACGGCUGCAAGCCAACCUGAUAGGGCACUACCAGGGGAUGAGGAAAGGAGGGACGAGAGAGAGAAUGGAGGAGCUGAGGAGGAAAGGGAGAGGGAGAAGGAGCGGGCUGGGAGGGACGUGUGGGGUGAGGCUGCUCGCAGAGCCAGGCCAGAUCAGCCAGAGAGGAGAGAGAAGCGCUCUCCACCUCCACCAGCAAAAAGGUCUAGGAGCCAAUCGAGGGAUAGAGAUCGGCGAGACAACAGGAGGCGGAGGUCAAGGUCCAGAGAGAGGAGGCGGAGUCACUCGAGAGAGAAACCGAGACGACGCAGUCGAUCGAGGUCACGAGAUCGUCGCAGGAGAAGCAGUUCUAGAGAACGGAGAGCUAGGAGUCGUUCGAGGUCGAAAGGAGCGUGGGGGACGACGGAGAUCUCGCUCGAGGGACAGACGAAGGAGCAGGUCUCGUGAACGGAAGCGAAAGAGUCGCUCCACAUCUCGAAUCGAAGGAGAAGAUGAACGUCUGACACUCAACCAUUUUAUAUUGUAUAACCAUUCACAUUGUUACCCUUGCCUGUAUUUGUGAUCCCUAUUUGAUUGCCAGGAAAACUCAUGAAAAGUAUUCACAUCAAUGCAAUCACACCACAACUCAUGCCUUUAGUGCAAACACACGUGGAGGAUAGUACAUUGCCUUCUUCUUCUGCCUGGCCGUCUUGCACUUGAGUUCCUUGGGAGUGAGGGCACGUCGUUUGGCCCUAGUCAGCUUCUUGCGGAGGUCCAGAGGCUUGUACUUGCGCCCAGCAUAGAGUUUCCUCAGGUUGGUCCGCUGGUUGUGGUUUAUAACCGUCAGCACGCGAGCUAUGGACUUCCGCACCAUCUUAAUUUUGGAGAGUUUGGAAGCGGCUCCACCGGUGACCUUGUGGACUCUGAGCUGCGAGAGCUCGGUCUUGAGCUCCUCCAGCUGCUUCGUCAGCUCAUCCUUGUUCUUCCCCCGUAACUCGUGCGCCUUUAGCUUCACCUACACAGGGAAAAUGUACCUUUUGUCUACAAGUUGCAGAUGCAGUAAAGCCUGUCACAAGAAGGAUCGCUUUUGGGCUUUAGGAUUUUUCUUCCACUCACUAACUCACCAUCUUGGGAUCGCGCGUUAG